AUGACCGUUAAUUUGAAAUUUGGAGAUCUUAGUGGCUUCAAAUCUCCAUCUCAGAUAGGAAGGUUGCAAUAUCUACAAGUGCUGCGGUUGAUAGAGGCAGACCAAAGCAGUGAAGGUGGGAUUAGUAUAGUGAAAGAGCUGGGGAGGCUAACCCAACUAAGGGAGUUAGGCAUUGGGAAUUUAAGAAGAGAAGAUGGGGUGAUUUUGUGCUCUUCCAUUGAGAAGCUCAGCAAUCUUCGCGUAUUAAUUGUAUUGUCAACAAAAGAGGAUGAGAUCCUUGAUCUGCAAUCUCUGUCUGCAGUUCCUCGAUUUCUUCAAGAGUUAUACUUGGAUGGACGUUUGGAGAAAUACCAUGAUAAAUAUGGUAUACUAGAGCAAGGCUCAAGGUCCAAUGUUGUUAACAAUUCAUGGUAUGAUUAUCGUGGUGAUGCACUUCUACUCGAAGAAGCAAAGCUAGUGGGCAUCGAAAUGCCCAAAAGACAAUUGAUGGAGUGGCUAGUCGAGGGAGAUUCUGGGUUGAAAGCGGUUUCAGUGGUGGGAAUGGGGGGAUUAGGCAAAACCACCCUGGUGAAAAAAGUCUACGAUGAUGCAACGGCGAAGAAACAUUUUGACGGCCACGCUUGGCUCAUUGUUUCCGAGUCAUUAAGGGCUGAGGAUCUCCUGAAGGACAUGAUUCAACAACUCUUUGAAGAAAUCAUGCAACCAGUCCCUGUUGGAGUUGAAACUAUGAGCAUCAAUAGGCUAAAAUGUCUAGCUAAUGAUUUUCUGCAGCAAAGGAGGUACGUGGUUGUUUUCGAUGAUGUUUGGAAUGUCAAUGCUUGGGAGGCUAUCAAACAUGUGCUGCCUGACAACAAUUGUGGUAGCCGUGUCAUUCUCACAACUCGUUUCACCCAUAUAGCUUCUACCUGUUGCGAAGAAACUAAUGGUCAUGUUUAUGACUUGAUGCCGUUGUCCCAAGAGGAGUCUUGGACGCUGUUUUGCAACAAGACUUUUCGAGGGAACUUAUGCCCUCCAAACCUGAAGCAAAUUUCUCUUCGAAUCUUAAAAAGAUGUGAGGGAUUGCCACUUGCAAUUGUAGCCAUAAGUGGUGUAUUGGCUACAAAGGACAGGAGCAGAAUAGACGAAUGGGAAAUGCUUUAUCGCAGCCUUGGUGCCGAAUUAGAGGGCAAUGACAAAAUAGAGUUGGAUUUUCCUCAGGAUUAA